ACAAAAUGAAAGAAGAAAAUUUAAGGUUAUGUCUUUGAAAACAUUAUCAAUGUGCAUUUUUUGCAGUGUGAAAGUUAUUUAAUUAGCUAUUACUAUAAAAAUGGUUGUGAAAACAAAAAUAUCUAAAAUUAAAAAGGGUAACCCAAAAACGAACAAACAUGUGAAUAAAGGUAAUAUCAAGAAAACCAAACAUGUUAAAAUCAACAACUUAAAUAGUUUACCCAAUAAACAGAAACCUAAACCUGUAGAAAAUUACUCUGAAGAUAGUGAUCAAGGAGAAGACAUGCUGGAUAUGGUUGAUAAAGAUGAUAUAAACUUUCUAAAAAGUGCAAUCACAAAUAGAUCUUAUAAUAUAUUUAACAAAAUUAAAUUCAGUAGUUCUGAAGGUCCUAAAUUGAAAAGGAGAAAGGUAGUAAAUGAUGAAUCUUUAGAAAAUCAGUAUGAAGACCAAAUGGAUGAACAUGAACCUGAUAAAAAAAUUAAAACUUUGUUACCUAUCAAAACUAAAAAUGGAAUUAUUCCACAACAGAUUUUUGAAGAAAAUGAUGAUGCAUAUGAAGAAGAAAAUGAAGUGGCAGAAGAAGAAAAAGUAGAUGCUGAAGAACAGGAAGAUGCUGAAGAAAAAUUUUCACUUGAAAAUACGGAACUUGAAUUUUCUGGUCCAAUUUCAGCAACUCAGUUACUAUCUAAGCGUAAUGAAUUAAUAAAUAAAAUAAAAAUUCAUAUUGGCACACUUAGUUCUGGCUUACUAGAAAAUCCCGAAGAAAAAGUGACAAAUUUAAGAACAUUGCUAUCUCUCAUGGAAGAUGAAACAGCACAACUGUAUGUUUCAGUGAAAAAGUUAAUCCUGGUAUCAUUAUUAGAAAUAUUUAAGGAUAUUUUACCAUCAUAUGAAAUUAAACAUGUUAAUACAGAAGGAGUGAAAUUAAAAAAAGAUACUUUAAAGCUACAGAAAUAUGAAGACACCUUACUACUGUAUUACAAAAAAUACCUUCAAAAAUUAGAAAAAUGUUCUUUAGUUUUAAUAAACAAGAAAGGUGAUUCAAGAACAAGAACAGAAGAUGAACUGAAACUUGGUAUACUGGCAGUACAAGCAAUGUGUGAAUUAUUGAUCACACAUCCAUAUUUUAAUUAUUCUCCAAAUAUUGCUCAAGCUAUUGUUCCAUUUUUAAAUAAUCACGAUAAAAAUGUUAGGGACAUUGUCAAGACUUCCAUCAAAACAAUUUUCAAAGAGGAUAAAAAAGAGGAAUUAACUCUGAAGAUCCUUAGGCUAAUCAAUAAUUAUUUAAAAAAACAUGCUCACAUUAAUCCUGAUAUGCUGGAAGUUCUUCUUGUGUUGAAUUUAAAAGAUAUAAAUUUGGACCAAGAAAAACAGCAAGAGGUGAAGGAGAAGAAACUAUUGUCAAGAAAAUCAAGAAUAUUACAAUUAUCAAAAAAAGAGAAAAAAAGAAAGAAAAAGUUAAUGGAAGUAGAAAAGGAGUUGCUGGAAACUAAAGCUGAGGAAAAUAAACAAGCGAAACAUAAAAAUCUAACAGAAAUCACUAAAAUUGUAUUCAACAUAUAUUUCAGGAUACUGAAAAAUUCCAAUAAUACGAAGACACUUGGAGUGUGUUUAGAAGGAUUAGCAAAGUAUGCACAUUGUAUCAAUUUAGAGUUUUAUGUAGAUAUAGUCAACGUUUUGGAUAAUCUUUUGAAAGAAGAUUGGCUGGGUUACAGAGAACAUUUACAUUGCAUUCAAACAGUUUUUGCUAUUUUAGGAGGACAAGGAGAAGCCUUGAAUCUAGAUCCAUUAAGAUUUUACAAUGGACUUUAUAAAGAAUUACUCAAUAUAAACGUAUCUUCCAAAAAUUCUGAAAAUAUAUUGAUAUUGAUAAGAACGUUAAGUGAGGCGUUAAUAAAAAGAAGAAAAAAGAUUACCAAUAAAAGAAUAUUAGGAUUUAUAAAAAGAUUAUCUCAGUUAUGUCUACAAUUGGCACAUGAUGGUACACUUGGCUGUUUAGGAAUAAUUAAAAGCCUUAUACAACUUUCCAGAUCAACAGAUAUAUUACUAGAUCUUGAUCCUACAACUGGUGAAGGGAAAUAUAACCCAGAAAUUGAUGAUCCUGAGUAUUCGAAUGCUUGGAGCAGUGCAUUAUAUGAAUUACUUUAUUUGACAAGACAUUACCAUCCAAUUGUUGGUAAAUUCGCCAGAAACAUAGCUAAUGGUGCGCCUUCUACAGGCGAAGCAUCACUCCCUGGAGAAUAUAAUAAGAGUACUGCCGAACAGCUGUUUACCGAUUUCAGUAUGUCCGAGAUGGCUUUUAAUCCUCCUGUGCCACCUCCAAAGAAAGAACAACCAAAAAAUAAAUCCAAAACAGGUUUUUUCGCGGAUAGUUCUUUCGAAGACGAAUGUAGGAAUAUAAUGAGAAGGCCAGUGAAAAGGAAAGCGUUUUGGAUAGAUAUUUGAAUAAAUAAACUUUUAAAAUUUAAA